CCCCUGCCUCCUCUCCAUGGGAAACAGCCAGACCUGAACCCUGUUGCCUAGCAACCUCGCCUAGUCGUCCAGUAGCCCUGGGUGGUCUGGUGCAAUAGGUUGGGGGUCCUGAGGGGAUGAAGAGACCCUAGGAGAUGCACUCCCCACCCCCAUGGAUGUGGCUGUACCCAGAGGCUGGCAGUGCCCAGGGGUGGGGUGACAGCUGUUUCUCCCAGUACCUGAAGGACUCUUGUCUGAGAGAGGCAUGAAUUCCUAGCAUUCCCUGUGACGGGACAAGACGGGGGAGAUGGGGGCAGGGGAGAGGGUACAAGCCCCACCUAGGGUGGUGGCCACAGCAGCAAGGGGCAGACAGAGCCAGGAGCCUGGGAAGGAAGCAGGAUGGCAGCAGGGGCAGCAGCUGGAGCCUGGGUGCUGGUCCUCAGUCUGUGGGGUGAGCCCUGCCCCCCCCCCCCCCCCCCCAAUCCUCCCCGCAGAAAGCACUCUGCCCCUGUCCCCGAAACUCCCCACAACUUUCCAGGAACCUGGGUACUGCUUUUCAAUCUCCUUCAUCCGCCCUGUUAUAGGUUUAUUAGCUCCCAUUCUCCCUUCCUGCCCUUCCAUUGUGGUGCUGUCUCCCAGGGGCAGUAGUAGGGGAUCAAAACAUCACAGCCAGGAUCGGGAAGCCACUGGUGCUGAACUGUAAGGGGGCCCCCAAGAAACCACCCCAGCAGCUGGAAUGGAAACUGAACACAGGCCGGACAGAAGCUUGGAAGGUCCUAUCUCCCCAGGGAGGCCCCUGGGAUAGCGUGGCUCGUGUCCUCCCCAACGGCUCCCUCCUCCUGCCGGCUGUUGGGAUCCAGGAUGAGGGGAGUUUCCGGUGCCGGGCAAUGAGCCGGAAUGGAAAGGAGACCAAGUCCAACUACCGAGUCCGAGUCUAUCAGAUUCCUGGGAAGCCAGAAAUUGUUGAUCCUGCCUCUGAACUCAUGGCUGGUGUCCCCGAUAAGGUGGGAACAUGUGUGUCCAAGGGGGGCUACCCUGCAGGGACUCUUAGCUGGCACUUGGAUGGGAAAACCCUGAUACCUGAUGGCAAAGGAGUGUCUGUGAAGGAGGAGACCAAGAGACACCCUGAGACAGGGCUUUUCACACUCCGUUCGGAGCUGAUGGUGACCCCAGACCGGGGAGGAGCUCCCCACCCCACCUUCUCCUGUAGCUUCAGCCCUGGCCUUCCCCGGCGCCGAGCCCUGCACACGGCCCCCAUCCAGCUCAGGGUCUGGGGUGAGCACAGAACUGGGGAGGGCCCCAACUUGGGUGAGCACCUGUCGGAAGAGCCUGUGCCACUGGAGGAAGUCCUGUUGGUGGUGGAGCCAGAAGGUGGAGCAGUAGCUCCUGGUGGUACCGUGACCUUGACCUGUGAAGCCCCUGCCCAGCCCCCUCCUCAAAUCCACUGGAUCAAGGAUGGCAUGCCCCUGCCCCUUCCCACCAGCUCCGUGCUGCUCCUCCCUGAGGUAGGGCCUGAGGACCAGGGAACCUACAGUUGUGUGGCCACCCAUCCCAGCCACGGGCCCCAGGAGAGCCAUGCUGUCAGCGUCAGCAUCAUCGAAACAGGCGAGGAGGGGCCAACCGCAGGCUCUGUGGAAGGGCCGGAGCUGGGAACUCUACCCCUGGCCCUGGGGAUCCUGGGAGGCCUGGGGACAGCCGCCCUGCUCAUUGGGGUCAUCAUGUGGCAAAGGCGGCAACGCAGAGGAGAGGAGAGGAAGGUCCCAGAAAACCAGGAGGAGGAAGAGGAGGAGCGCACGGAGCUGAAUCAGCCCGAGGGGCCUGAGGCAGCAGAAAGCAGUGCAGGAGGGCCUUGAGAAGCCCACAGCCAGACCCCAUCCAUCAGCUCCCUUUUUUUUUCCCACCCUCUUUUCUGGCCCCAGACCAGUUCUCCCCUGUAUAAUCUCUACCCCACCUCCCCAAACUUUCUUCCACAACCAGAGCCUCUCACAAACAGUGAUGAGUAAACACCUGACACAUUU